GCCAUUUUGUCUCCUCGAAGAUUCAGCCAAGAUGGACGUCGUGCUCGCCCUGUUGGUGACUCUCACUGCUGUCCUCGCCCAGGAACCCAAACCUUGUGAAAGUCCAAAGCAGUUCGAAAGUAGACUUGUUACGGUAGAUCCGUCCAAGCAGUUUAUUCGGUUUGCGUACGUCAGUUACGAUGGCGUGGACAGACGGGUGAGAGAGGAGGUGGAGAUUGAGGAAGGUGGGAAGAAACAAUUCUACGACUUCUUCUACCUGCACAAUAUCGGUGUAGAAUACAAAGUGAAUCUGCUCACCAAACAGUGCAACAAGACGGCCUUGACCCGUCCAUUCAUCCCAUGGCACGUGCCGUCUGACGCCAAAUUCCAGUGGGAAGGCAACAUUGGUCCAGUUACAGGAGAACACGUCACUCUUGUUCAGUUCACCGGCAAAUUUGAAGAGAACUUCUACGCCAUGACUGUGACUAGUCCCGACUGUGUGAUGAUCCGUAUGGAUUUCUACAGCAACAGAACUGGUUUCGUUCAGUCUGAUUUCUACGAUAUGACUCUUGGUAUUCAUGACCCGUCUCACUUCAUCCCGCCACCUGAGUGCCCACCAUAAACAAGUUACAUCGCGUGACCUGCGUGAAAACUGUGUAAUAAAGAUUCUAUUCUA